AUGGAAGAAAAAUUUCGAGAGGCCUUCAUCCUCUUCAGUUCAUGUAAUGAAAGCAUGGAACUGCAUGUGUUUUAUGAACUCAUGAAUUCCUUUGGAAUUCUCUUGACCCCUGAGGAAAAGGCCGAGUUGCCAUUAAUGGUAAACAUGGAUUUAUGGCUCAAGAUUGCAAACAAGCACUACAACCACGAAGACCCCUUCAAACACAUCAGAGGUGCCAGCGAUCAGAAUUCCAAUAUUCAAAUAAGAACACAAAACUUUAUAGGAGUAAUGAAGGCACUGGAUACCAGACUCACGGACAAAGAUCUAGAUUUACUUCUAAAAAUAGCGAAUCCAGAAAAUAAAGAAACCAUUAACUUGAACACCAUUUCAGAGAAACUCGCAGAAGCGAUUUAA